AUGGCCCCCGAACAAUCAAAACAACAACCGUCACGCAGUCUGGAUGAAACCAUACCAGCUUCAUGCAGCUUCACGAGCCAAGAACUAGAUUCUGAGACAUGGAGCAGGUGGAUUCGCUGCGUGUACACACCUGGUCUCACGGCGACUGAGUUCCUCGAUCACUGGAAUCAGGCAUACAGUUGCACCCAAGCAGAUUUGAUGGCAUUAGAUACCGAAAUACCCAAAAUUGUUCAAUAUUGGCAGUUCCUCGAAGCAGUUCAUUCCCACCCCGACUUGGAACAGUGGUAUCCCAAUGCGGAUUGGGAGUCGAAGGAAGCUAUUUCGAUGGAUCAAGUUCGAGGCCAAUUUUUGGAAAUUGCUAUCAACAUCCCCGCAAGAAAACAAAUCGUCGCACUUGUGGCCCGAUCGUCUAGUGGAAGUCGCAUGGAAAAAGACGACUAUCUUCUCUGGAGUCUAGAGUGGACCAAGCUUUUCUAUGAGAGGACUUACGGCAAAAUUCAAUCCGAAUGCCGCUUUCUCACCUUUGUUCAGUCAUCAAAUACCCCCUUGCGGCCAACCGGAGAGGUAUCGACUUUUUUUGCCAGCCUGCGCAAUGAGGUUGAAGAAUAUGAGGGAGAGUUGCUCAUAGUCGUCAACGGCUGGGAUGGGUUAACGACUGAUCGAAUGAGCUUCUACAACCUGUUUUCCCACUGGGCAGAGCGCAUUACUCUCCGAAUCUAUUCCCAGGAGUCCACCUGGCAGCAAAAGAAAUUCUUCGAAGUCAAUGUCGCGCACGUCUGCUCGGUCUUCAGAGGUGAAAUAGAGUUUGAUAUUGAGGACCUGGACAACGGCUUCUCUCUCAACGAUUCGACCGCUUUGUUCAUUCGGAGAUUUAGCGCUAUCUCUCUAAUCAAAGAUGAUAUUUCUGUUGUAUCGACCGAGUUGCGUGCGCUGACCAACGUCAGAAACGAGCAGCCGGAGUCCCGCAAUUUAUCAAAACACAUUUGUGGCGACUGCAAUAUCCCAUUUCCGACUUCUAUUGACCUUAAUCGGCACAUGCAUCACAAGCACGAGCAACACGAAAAUCCUGAAAUGCAUCUGCGCUGCACUUUCUGUGGGUAUCUAUUCUCGAGGAAGGACCACAGAGAUCGACAUGCGAGAGAGACAUGCCCCCAAAACCGGACCUCACAGUCUUUGAUCCGUGAAACUGUGUUUCAUCAGCCAUAUCUGCCCAAACACGAGCCCACAGCGGACCGAAAGUGCUCAAAAGCCCUGCAACCCUCUCUUGACCAGCAGCCAUUGAUCAAGCAAGAGCCUCCAGCCAAGAAACUAAAGCGCUGUCGAAGAGGAAGUAAAGUCCGGUUCCUACCCCCAGAGUCUCUGCCUAAAGGUUCGGAUAAUGGAAUUCUUUCUUAUUACCAACUCACAGAGAGGCACGCCAAACAUCUCCCCCGUCUAGAACUUAAUUCUAGCAAUCUUGACGGCAUGGAAAAAGACAUCGUCCCACAAAGCUGCGAACGCAUUAUGAGAGAAACCACCGCUUCCGAUAUCAACCGUCCUCACACCCGGGCAUCUUAA